UUAUUUUAAAUUUGGUUGGAGGUUUCAGUAUCUUGUGCUUUUAGUUAGUUUAUUCCUGUUUGCUUCUUUAAAAAGUGUCUUAAAAUUAAAAUCAAUCAUCACUCUCAACCAGCUCCCACAAACUCCAUGGCUUCUCUACCGCUACAAGACAGAGUUGCAAUCGUCACCGGCUCCUCUCGAGGAAUCGGACGAGAGAUCGCGCUUCACCUAGCUUCACUCGGCGCCAGACUCGUCAUCAACUACACAUCCAACGCCAACCAAGCUGACUCAGUCGCCGCCGAGAUCAACAACAACCAAACCACUCCACGAGCCAUCACCGUCCGCGCCGACGUAUCCGAUCCAGACGGCGUGAAGUCUCUCUUCGACUCCGCUGAGAAGACCUUCAACUCACCGGUUCACAUCCUGGUUAACUCCGCCGGCGUCCUCGACGCCGAGUACCCUACCAUAGCAAACACCUCCGUGGAGAGCUUCGACCGCAUCAUUAACGUAAACGCAAGGGGAGCGUUUCUCUGCGCGAAGGAGGCGGCGAACCGAUUGAAGCGCGGCGGAGGAGGGAGAAUCAUACUGCUAACAUCGUCACAGGUGGCGGCGUUGAAGCCUGGUUUCGGUGCUUAUACGGCGUCAAAGGCGGCUGUAGAGGCGAUGACGAAGAUUCUGGCGAAGGAGCUGAAGGGGACGGGGAUUACAGCGAACUGUGUGGCUCCCGGGCCUAUUGCGACGGAGAUGUUUUUCCAUGGGAAGACGGAAGAGACGGUGAAGAAAACGGAAGAAGAGAGUCCGUUUGGUAGAAUUGGUGAGACCAAAGAAAUUUCUCCUGUUGUUGGAUUUUUGGCCACUGAUUCUGCUGAAUGGGUCAAUGGUCAAAUUAUUCGUGUCAAUGGUGGCUAUGUUUAGGGUUACAAUUUGAGUCUCUGCAAUGAAUGGAGUAAUUUCCCAUUCGAUUUCAAUUAAUCCAAAUGUGUAAUGUUUUCAAUAUUCACAAGAUAUUGGGAUAUAAUAAGCUUAAUGAGUAAUGGAAAUCUUUUUACUA